GACUGUACCUUGUGGAACCAAACCCCAUCGUUGAGAAUCCGCCGCAAGAACCGAUUGCAGACGAGCGGUAGCAAUCGCGCUGUGGAGAGGAAGCAUCGACAUCAAGCAACUCGAACUCGCCGGAACUGCGGCGCCUCAACGGAGCGAGUUGAUUCGCUGACGGAGAUGCCCCCAGUUUAGUGAUCACGUUUUUCCUUACCCUAGGCGUUGCCGAAAUCGCCCAGGCCGAAACCCUAGAGCGCACCGUGGGAGACAAAGCCGCCAUCCCGACUACACAGCGACCGCAAGGUGGGGAAAGACCAUUCGUGUCGGAGUUUACCAGUUCGCGAAAUAGAACAGGGGCCGUCGAACUGAUUGAUGAUGCCCGUAAUUGACGGACGAGAUGUUACUAGAUUCGACGAUACACGAUUCUUCCAUCCAGCGGACUCGUAUUUCUCGUCCAGUUCGUUCCUCUUUUCCCUGCUGCGGGAACAUUUUCGAUCUGCCGUUCCACGGUUGGAGGUUCUACUACCUGAAGGAAUAUGCAUAAUGGCUAGGUGGGCGUCAAGCUGGUUGCCUUGUUUUGGUUCUGUUGGUUUUGAGUCUCCAAUCUCCAGGAAACCAAAUAUCAUGCAGGCAUCAAGAGCUAGGCUUUUGAAGGAGUACAAAGAGGUUCAGAGAGAAAAAGCAGCUGACCCAGACAUUCAAUUGGUCUGUGAUGAUUCUAACAUUUACAAGUGGACCGCUCUAAUUAAGGGACCUUCAGAAACUCCAUACGAAGGCGGUGUGUUUCAGCUUGCAAUUGCUAUUCCAGAGCAGUACCCUUUGUUACCCCCACAAGUUCGAUUCCUAACAAAAAUCUUUCACCCGAAUGUGCAUUUCAAGACCGGGGAGAUUUGCCUCGACAUCUUGAAGAAUGCUUGGAGCCCUGCAUGGACUCUACAAUCUGUUUGCCGAGCCAUAAUUGCUUUAAUGGCCCAUCCGGAGCCUGAUAGCCCUCUCAAUUGUGAUUCAGGAAAUCUCCUGCGGUCUGGCGAUAUAAGGGGCUAUUGUUCGAUGGCAAGAAUGUACACUAGACUCGCUGCUGCUCCAAAAAAGGGCUAAGCAUCAACUGUAUCCUUCAAAACUUCGUAGACCCUCGCAUAUAAUAUGAUGUGUGAUUGUAGUAUGAAAUUCUUAAUAUUGAUGGCUAUUAUAGUUAUAGAUCUUAAACUCUUGGCAUAUAAUACGCUGAGUGAUUGUAGUAUGAACUGUAAUAUUGAUUACUGUUAUAGUUCAUGAUCUUUGGCCUGUUAAUUGAACA